AUGACGAGCCUCUCAGCGGCAACACCCUCCAAUCCGACCAAUCUGCCACCAAGGUACGAGAUCCGGAAGUUAACAGUGGAAGAUAUACCAUGGGCAAAAGCCAUUGUACUACACGCGAAUAUAUUUCACUCGUCCAUCUGGCCCAUCACUUAUCCCAAUGGCAAGACAGCACGAGUGUACAACGCCUUCGAAAAGGGAGACUACCUCAUUCGGCAUCAAGUAGAGUCAGGUCAUAGUUUGGGUGUCUUCGAUCUUGAAUACAAGUUCAAACGAGAGGAAAGUAAAGCCACCGGUGGUAAGCUUUACUGGGAUUUCAAAACGACCAGCCUUGGAGCAGAGGAGUUGCUUGAACAAAUGGACUUCCCUCUUCUCAGUAUUGCGUUGUCUUACGACCAGAUCAACCCAGUCGUACCCGAAAAAUUGGGGCCUCUGAUCGAGGAAUUGCCGCUUUUCGGAACUUCCUAUCAUAUCCUAGAGGAGUUGGAUACGCGCGACGACUCGUGGAAAGCAACUCGACCGAACGAGGUUCUGCUCCGCAACGCCACAAGCUCUAGGCGCGAUGCCGAAGGGUUAAGACUCAUGGCCAAUCUAGCUCGCUUUCUCAUGCGGUAUGCCGCACAGGAAGGAUUCCGGGCUAUUCAGAUUGAAACUUUCGAUGACCGUGUUGCUAAAGUUUGGCUGGAGCCGCCAGCACCAUUCAGAAGCACGAAAAUUUCAGAAUUCAACACUUGGGAGUAUACCGAGGACGAAGACGUUGAUGGACAGGUUCAGAAGACCUUCCCAUUUGGUGAUGCUCAUCAGACGAUUGCCAAGGUGUUCGUUGAAUUGAAUCCCGAAAGCCAUUGA